GAUGUAGGGCAACAUUUUGUCAAAAAAGCAAGCAGUUGGUGGCAUCAGAACCUUCCUUUUGUGAGCCCGCCACGCUCAUUAUCUUUUCCAUCCGCGCAUCAAUAUCGCUCAAUCUAUUUCCAUUGCCUUCUCUGACGAUUCUUGCGUCCUCGAUGCUCUCUUCCUCCUCCUCUCGCUAGGGUUGGUUGUACUCCCUACUCUUUCCUGUCUCAGUCGCCCCUUCUGUUGUCGAUGUCUCUGAUGGCGCUGAGGGAGCAGCUCAACGUGUUGGUGAAUUCCAUGUUCCUCGAGGGUUUGUUGGACCAACAGUUCCGACAGCUUCAGAUGCUACAAGAUGCAAGUAGUCCUGGUUUCGUUGCUGAGGUGAUCACCUUGUUCUGCGAAGAUUCGGAGAGGAUGCUGACAGAGCUGACAAAACUGCUGGAUCAAGCUGUUGUUGAUUAUCAAAAGGUGGAUGCUUACGUUCACCAACUGAAAGGAAGCAGUUCAAGUGUCGGUGCGCAAAAUGUAAAAUUGGCAUGUAUUCAGUUCAAGCAGUUUUGCGAGGAGAAUAAUAAAGAAGGGUGUCUUAGUGCGUUGAACAUGGUCAAACAUCAAUAUUAUUCUCUGCGGAGCAAAUUUGACACUAUGUUGCAGCUUGAGCAGAGGAUCCAAGCAUAUGGCAGCGAACAACAAAAUUAGAAAAAAAGCGACACACACGAUAUCAUAUCAUCUGCACUUCGUGUUCCUGUAAAUUGUACUGUUUGACUUCACACAUUGGGUUCAAAACAUAUCUCUGAGACCAAUUGGGAACUUGGUAGGUUAGUGAUGGUAACAAGUCUCAUGCAUGUCACUGGGAAUGUAGAACCUCUUCAAUCUUUGUGGAGGACUGACGUUGAUAACUGAUUCAAACUUGAUAUUAAACAUCAAUAACUUUAACCCGA